AUGAAGACGCUGUGGUCCAGCUAUGGACGCAACCGGCCUAUUCUCGCCCUCUUCGCCGCCUUUGUAGUUUGGAAAUCUUUGCUCGCUCUGAUCGUUCUGACUGCCCCUGGUGUCGGAUACGAUACGUCGACGAGUCUCCUGUCCUCUCGCACCGGUGGCGACAAUGUCGUGUUCAGCGAGCCAGAACCCAUGCCUAGCUCCUGGUUCAAGUUUAUACGCUGGGAUGCCAUAUACUACACGCACAUGUCUGAACAGGGACAUGUCUUCGAGCAGGAGUGGGCGUUUGGAAUUGGCUUGUCAACAGGAAUAUCUUGGAUCGCAAGGUUCCUUUCUGCGCUCGGUGUGAGCGUUAGACUAUCGUCAACACUCGCUGGCGUUGCGUUGUCUCACACAUCUCAUUGGCUAUCUGUGAUUCAGCUUUGGGUUUUGACCAAGGCCAUUGCCGAAGAAAUGCAAUGUCCAGACUACUAUAACCUACCUCUCAACGCUGCGGCACUGCACAUCAUCUCUCCAGCAGGGGUCUUUCUCUCGGCGCCAUAUUCGGAAAGCCCCUUCUCAUUCCUGUCCAUGUCUAGCUUUCUCAGCUUUGUUUAUGCACUUCAGCGGUUCAAGAACAAUCAAAACGUUGCGGGAUCCACGAGUAUGGUCCUGGCUGGUCUCAGAUCAUGUGUCGCUACUAUGCUUCGAAGCAAUGGGGUCUUGGCUGGGAUACCAUUUCUCUUCGAAGCGAUAACUACAGCACUGAGCAUCCUGUCACAGGGUCUUUCAACUGUGCGGAUUACUCGAAUUGCGUCCCUCAUCGCUGGUGGACUCUUGGUGGGCAUUGGAAUGGCAUACCCGCAGUUCUUGGCUUAUAAGGAGUACUGCUAUGGCCGGAGCCCUGAUGACAGGAGACCUUGGUGCAACCUGACCCUCCCCUCAAUCUUCACUUGGGUCCAGUCUCAUUACUGGAACGUAGGCCCAUUUCGCUACUGGACAGUGUCAAACCUCCCGUUGUUUCUUCUGGCCGGCCCUUCCAUUUGGCUCUUGACAUACUCGGCGAUCGAUGCUCUACGACGCCCAUCAAGUCUGGUGCCAGGAUUGUCUCCAGCCUCAGCCGGAUCUAUCUCAUCUAACCAAAAACGAAUCAUAAUGAGUCUUGCGCUACCACAACUUGUGCUGGCAAUCCUCGCACUGACGAGUUAUCAUGUACAGAUCAUCACCAGGCUGUCCUCUGGGUAUCCUCUCUGGUACAUCUGGCUGGCGUCCAAGCUGACGGACGAGCCGAGGACGGCUUCGCUGGCUGUCCGGUGGAUGGUGCUUUAUGCCUUGAUCCAAGCCGGGCUCUACGCGUGCUUUCUCCCUCCAGCUUGA